UUUCCAGCCGGCCCUGCCUCUGGGUUGUAGUAGCAGCAGCAGCAGCAGGAGACUGCAGCCUCCUCUCCCCCCCACCCCAGUGCUGGGAAAGGCGAGGCGAGAGUCAUGAAUGUGUUGGCAACUUUCCUCCAGACGCGCGUUGCGCGGCGGGUCCUUGCGCUCUGGGAUCACACGCAGAGGCGGCUCAGCCGUCAUGCUUUGCCCGGAGCACGUUGAAGAAGAUGCCGCCACGGGAGCCUUCCGUUUCAGCUAAAUCCACACUGCCGGAAUGGCUGCUACAGAAGCCGCCUGCGCUGGGGAUCAAGCUGGAGCCAAAUCUCCGUUGGGAGAGGAUGGUCGUCGCCGGCUGCUGGAGGAGAAUGGGGCUGCUGACCGGCUCUCCGAGCAGAGCGAUGCUUCUUUUGCCAUGGCGGAGCCAAAUCGCCCGCAGGCCCCUGCUGGGAAGCUGAAGAAGACGGCCUUUAAGCUCUUUGGCGGGAAGAGAAGCAUCUGCACCCUGCCGAGCUUCUUUGGUGGGAAAAGCAAAGGCCCAGGAAAGGGCGUGCCAAAGAAGGGCCUGAGCAAGAGCAAGACGCACGAUGGCAUCAGCGACGUGGGGCAUGAAGAUGCCAACUCGGGGGCUCUCAGGAGCCCUUUGGACGGGGGGACAGACUUCCCUGCUCCCCAGCUGCCGAGUUCUCAGAGCGCUGUCUUGGGAGCGGAUGCCGGCCUCGGGAUCGGUUUUGCCCGGCAGACGACAUCUCUGUCGGGAAGUCCCGAGGGCUUUGAGAAGAAGCCUGGCGGAGAGAAAUCCUUGUUCAUUCCCCGGUCGAAGAAAGGGCUCCGAGGGCUCUUCAACAGCAUCCGGCGCCACAGAAAGAACAAAGGUGCUGAACCCGAGCGGACAGAGCUGCAAGAGUGGACUUUGAGGGAUGCUGCGGCUGAAGAGGAGACCAGAGCGAAUAAGCAGAGGGCCCCCGAAACUCAGCAGGCCUUGAAGGAGGGGAGUCAGAAAAGCGUGGUGCUUCUUCCGGAACGUGGGGAGCGUUUUCGUGAUGAUGCUUUGCCUGGAACAGCAGCUGGUCUUGAUGAGUCAAGAGAGAUGGGCCAACUGGUGACUGACAGAAGCAGCUUUGUUGGGGAGGCAGCCAGGGGAGUUGCGAGUGGCGAAGUCUCUCAGGAUGUGGAGAUGGACGCGGAUGACGCCCUCUGUGCUAACUCUGUGUAUGGUGAACUCCCCGAUGCUCUCCAGCCAGAGGACCUAGACAACAGCCCUCCUUGCGUCCCAUCUGGGGACCAACUCAGCUUGAUGUUUGGGGAUGUUACUUCCCUUAAAAGCUUUGAUUCCCUAACCGGCUGCGGAGACAUCAUUGCUGAACCAGAUAUCGACAGCAUCACUGAGAGCUCCACCUCUGCAGAGCGCAGCAGGGAUGCUGCCAAGAGGAGUUCUUGCCUGGUUACUUAUCAGGGGGGAGGGGAGGAAAUGGCCAUGCCUGAUGAGAUAGAGGAGUAUCUCCAACAGGUGUGGGAAGGCUCAGUCAAAGCGAAUGGUGCCUAUGAAGCACACCUACCAGAGCUCAUGACAAAAUGUGAGCUUCAGGGUGUGAAUGGUGGCAAGCCAGAAGCUCACCUCUAUUCUGAAGGCAACAGGAGCGACAUGGAUCUCUUAACACCACACAGCGAUCAACAGGAAUCUGCUCCCAAUAGUGACGAGGGCUAUUAUGACUCAACCACUCCAGGUCCUGACGAUGAAGCUGGUGAUGGGCUUGAAGAAAUCAAGAAGGACCGCCUUCCAAGGGACAGCUACAGUGGCGAUGCACUGUAUGAAUUCUAUGAACCUGAUGAUGCACUCCUGAGUCCCUCUCAAGUAGAUGAACCCUGGUUUGAUAGGAGACAAUCCCCUCCGGAGAUCUUUUCCAUGAGCCAGUUCUUGGACUUUGCUUCCCCUGGUGAGAAGGAUUUGGUCCGGAUAACGGGUCAGAAGAGCGAAGGAAUGGAAACGGAGGAGGAAAGGCUGGCUGCCAUUCAGAAGCAACUGCUCUAUUGGGAGAUGCAGAGGGAGUCAGCCUUGAAAGACUUAAAUGUGCUCAGCAAAGGCCAGAAUCCCAGGGAAAAGCUGCAUACUGAAUGUAACCUGAGAGCGGCCAAUUUAAUUGACAAGAGUCCGAGUUGCCUUGGCUGUGAUCAAAUUGCCCCUUGUGCUUUGAAAGGUGGCCUAAAUGCUGGGAUUCCUGCUGAAAAACAAGAAUGGAAAGACUUCGAAGAGAUGCUGUGCCCAGAAAAGCACUAUAAUGACAGUGGUGGCGGUCCUAAAGUGCAAAGCAGUUGCCUUAUUCAGCUCAUGGAGAACGGCUCUGGGCUGGAUUCUAAUUCGGAGAGCACAGUGCUUGAAUCAUAUGCUUUAAGUGGCUUGGCCCGGGAAAAAACUGUGACUUUCCCUUUCUACAAAACUCGCAGCUGCCGCAGCUGUCCACACGAUGAGCAACCCAGCCGAACUGAAGCUGACUUCAGAAAGCUACCCUACGUGGAAAGCGAAGGUGAACCAGAACAGGCCGUUAACUUCUCUCAAGCGCUGGUGGAGUUCACCAGCAGCGGGACUCUUUUCUCCAGCCUCUCUGAAAGCCUUGGGAGCUCUGAUUCGGGGUCUGCAUUCACUCAGAACCUCCCUGCCCUCCCGACAAUGGUCACCUUUGACAUUGUUGAUGUGGAACAGGAAGGUGAAGGAGAGUGCGACCAGCAUCUGGAGAUGAACCCUGAUGAGGAUAUCGCUGCAUCCUUUGAGGCCUUUGACGAUACUUACGUCCCUAAAGAAUCCUUUGCCGAAUGCGAUGAGAGAAUGUUUCCUGGGUAUUUCCAGAGCCCUUUCCAAAGCUGUAACUGGGGCGUCGCUAGCCUUCCCCGUCGUCUUCGGCUUCAGGAGCUGAGCCCUCCUGCGCUGAAGCCUCUGUCCAGCUGCAGGAGAAGCCGGUCCCUUGACACAGAGAGUUUGGAGUUUGAGCUUGCAAGCUUGCAUCUCUUCAAGAAUGGCUUUAAACCGGUUGACCUUUGGUCUCAGUGGAGUGGCUGCAAAAAGGAUCCCGCUUCUCCUGGGAUGAAUGCAGGCCAGAAAAAUGCUCCAAGCUCUCCAGAAGAAAGGGAAGAAGGUGAAGCUGGUGUCCUUUCUUGGACUGAGGUGCAGCAGGAUGUGUCGUACCGGGAGGAGUUUUCCUCUCAAGACUUGAAAUCAUGGGACUGUGAUCUGAAUGCCCCGGCCUUCCAGAGCACGUGGGGCACAGCGGACCAGCCUGGUGCAGAAGCACCUUUUGUGCAGAACUCUUCCAAGGAGCCUGGUGGGAAACCUCAUCCUGAUGGGGCCAGCUCUCCAAUGGCGCCCAGACCAAUGGACAGGCCAUCCAACCUGCUUCUGCAGACUCCUGCUGUGCCUCAGGAGACAUGUGCCUCUCACAGGCCUGGUGGGGACAAUGUGGGUAAGAAACUUGCUUGGGUUCUUCCUUUGGGAGAGAAAGGGGCCGAUAUCCCUCCGAGCUCCACUUUUGCCUGUUCCCCCGACAAGCCAGCAAUGUGCAAGCCUGCAGGUUCGAUGCAAGGAACUUCACAGCAAGCAGUGCUAAGGCCUUUUGAGGGGUGAGGUUGAGCCUGGUGGGAGCUCCGACUCUCCGAACUGCUGAAAGGGAAAGCCCUGCAUUGGAGAGGCUCUUCCCAGCUGUCGGAACACCUCUAUGAAUGUAACUGUAGCCAAAUAGCUUGUGUCGAGAGGGUUAAAGGAGGAUUAGGGUGGGUUUGGGUUCCCAGGGGCUGCGAGGAGACUUGAAAUGUUGCAGGUGGUUAAUUUAGAGCUGGGAGGGGUAACAAAUUCUUGCGUGGGUGGUGGGGGAGGCAGACCGUGCCUGGCUGGGGACUUCUGUUGUCACUCAUCGCCUGCUGAUGGUGCUUCUCCUUGGAUUAAUACUGAAUCCCACUUCCAUAAUGUGAACCACUGUUAAUCCUGAAUACAAAACAGUAGGAAGGGUGCCAGUCCCUUUGCUUGGAGAUAUUCAGAAAAGAUUUAAGAGAGCUCCAGAAUGUCCAGCUUGGCCUUUGGUUAAAAGGAGCAAAAAAUAAUUUCUUAAAACCAACUAGGUGGCCAAAGUUAAAGGUAUUUUUUGGUGGGGGUUUUUUUGUAAUGCAAGUGGGUGUAAUAACUUUAAAAAAAUGAAAUGGUUUCCUGUGGUAAAAACCUAUAAAUGUUCCCUGUUUUAACAGCAUGACCCUACUAUGCAUUUCUGCUUGGGAAGUGAACCCUGCUGAGUUCAAUUGGGUUUCUUUUUAAGUAAGUGUGUAUUGGAUUGCCACCGUGUAGCACAGUCCUAUGCAGGUGUACUCGAAAGUAAGUGCUAGCCUGUUCCAAGGGGGCUUGCUCUCUUAGGAAGUGGUUAUGCAAGGGCAGCAGUCUGUAUCAGUUGGCAUUCUGAGGUCCAGCAGGGGAGAAGAUCCAUAAAGUAGGUUGCCUGCCAAGAGAAUGGGUGGGAGUGGAAAAGCUGUUGCAAGAAGGGGUUUGGUAUGUGAUUAAAAUGGGGUAAAGUGUGCCCAGGGGAGAAGUGGGAACUAAGAGGCCCUUUAAAAAUUGGACAUACUUUAUGGAUGGUGUGGGAAGGAAGUGACACCCAAGUGGUUGCAAAAUUGCCAGCUUCAAGGAAACAAGUUGUGUGUGUGUCUUAAACAGCAGCAGCAGCAACUCUGCUUCAAACUGUGUCCCUAAGAUUUGUAUUCCAUUAUUUCCUUAUGUCUAAAUUUUGUUCAGUGGAAUGUCUGAUGAAACUAAUUCUUCUCUGUGUCCCUGAAACACCAUGAGCGCAGCUUCCAAAAUGUUUUCCUCUGGAAUACUUGGAUUCAAAUGGAAAUCUUGGUGAAUGUAGUUGCCAUAAUCUGGCUUAACUGACUUUAGUGAAAGGGUGUUUUUUAAAUUUAUUUUUAAUAAGCUAUAUCAGGUGCAGGGAACCUUUGGCCCCCCAAAUGCUGCUGAGCUGCAAAUCCCACCAGCCCCAGCAAGCAUCUAGAGGGCCAAAGGUUCCCCUCCACCGAAACUAUAUCAAAGAUGGAGAACCUGUUGCCCGCCAGGUGUUGCUGGGCUCUGGCGCCAAUCAUCCCUGACAAUUGGCCAUGCUGACUGGGACUGAUGGCACUUGGAUAUCUGGAGGGCCACAGGUUCCCUAUCCCUGAAUUACAUGACGGGUUUAUGCUUGUAGGGCUUAUGUCCUGUUGCAAGGCUAAUUGAGGUAGGAAUGUAGGAUAAAAUGUUGCCUCUGUUGGGCAUACUUUCCCUUUCUUCCGCACAAGUUUGGCCCAAUAGAUUUUGGUUCUUAGGGUGAAAAAUCCAAAUCCUACCCUUCCCAUGCACAUAUACAAGUACUACUGUUGAAUCAACUGGUAAAAGUUCUCCAGUGAAAACUCCACAGAAAGGAACAGGAGCUUGUGAAAGCAUGGUGGAGCUGUCAACAGGCGAUGUGUGCAGGGGGGCUUCGUGGAACCCCCAGGAAUCAAACCUGUUUAUCUCUCGCUCCGCCACGCUAAUGGGAUUCUGACAUCCAUCACCUGAGGUGGAUAAGAAGGACCCUGUUGGAUCAGAUCAGGUGCCUGUCGAGUUUGGCUAUGUGUUUAUGGGGGCAGCCAAAUGCUUCCAGGAAGCUCAUAAGCAGGAUGUGAAGACAACAGCCCUCCCCUGACCAAACUGCCACUGCCUUCAACCUAGACGUGAAACGCUCAGGCUGGUACUAGAGGAGUGUCCCCAGAAACAAGCAAAGCUACCUCUGAUCUAUCUAGCCCAGGUGUGGGGAACCUUUGGCCCUCCAGAUGUUGCUGAACUACAACUCCCGUCAUCCCCAGCAAGCAUGGCCAAUGGCAAGGGGUGAUUGGAGUUAUGGUUCAGCAGCAUAUGGAGGGUCAGGCCUGAUCUAGCCCAAUCCUGCCUACCGUUACCAGCAGCAGCUGUUCAGGGAUUAGGAACAUAAGAGGCACAUCCCUUUGGGAAGCACAUUCACCUGAUUGUGCACAGAACAUCUGUCAGACCUUUGCACUUAGUACCAGGGAUGAAUAAAUCUGUCCAUUCUGGUUUUCUCAGUUCUCAUUUUUCCAGUCUGAAAUUUGGUUCUCCACAUUUCUGCAGCAAUUUGCGAAUUUCUAUUUAAAAAAUCCUCAUGAAAAUUCUUCAGCAUUUUAGUGCAAAUUUCUCCUAAUAAAACACAUUUUUGUAUACAGUUUUGACUGAUGUACACAUUUUUGCAAGCAAUGGCUUGUCAUAUAAUGCAUUUUUGUAUGAUAUGUUCACUAAUGUAUCCAUUUUAUGCAUACUUUCCCCAUAUAUAUUCAUUUUUAUAAACACAGUUUGCUUGGAGAACGGCAUUGCAACAUUCAGAUAAGUGCGGAUUUCGGAGGAUGGCUGUAUUUCGGUUCUCAGAUUGCUUCGGAAAGUGUGAAUUCGAUAAAUUCAGCUUUAAAUGUGAACUGAAUUGGCGUUGUCUCCCAUCUCUAUUCAGUAUACAUCGAGACACUGAGGGUGGGGUUUGCAUGCACACUGCUGUCCCUCUAUAGUUUUAACUUCCACGUGUUCAUACGAACUCUGAAAGCUAGCUGCAAGGCAGUUGUGCUUUAUUUUACUUCUGGGUUUCUCCAGUCCUGGAACUCCUUAAGGACACCUGAGCGCCAAGACUUCCACUUCAAGCUGUUGAUUAGGCAAAGAAUCCCUCGUGUGGGAUGGAGUUUAAAUAUUUGUGUAAAGAUAAGCAUAUAUGCCAGAUCUGCCAUAAAUGAUUAUUGGAGUGGCUGAUAGAGGGAGACUGAACCAAAUGCCCAGAUCCUCAGAUCUACCAGUGUUAGGAUGGUGAGACUCUUUAGCUUUGAUUUCAGGUCUGCAUGACUCAUUGAGCCAUGUGCAGCCAGUUGGUCAUGAAUGGUGACCCACCAAGUACUUGAUAAGCCUCCGUGGGUUGAUAUCUGUGUGGGGUUGCCCAAAAUAAGAGGCACAUAAAGUAGUUGCCUGGCCAGUGGGUUGCGUUUGGGCCAGUGGGUUGCAAUUUAAGGGGGUCUGCCCCAUUUUGUCUGUUUUGAAUUGCUGCUGUUUAUAAACUAGAACUAUUAAGUAUUAAUGUUUGCAUCAUGGACAGGUUUUCACAGUGGCUUCUCCUGGCCAUAGCUUCAUGGUUUCUAGGUUGGUGGUGGCAUGGUGAUUUCCCCCCCCCCUUUUCCUUUUGAAUAUAUCACCAAAGACAUCUUAUGAAGUUUCUUCUCAAACAGUGUAACUCUUCCUGACUUUUUUUUUGGGGGGGAGGGGAAUAAUGUGUAUGUAAAAACAGAACUCAGUGCUAAUAAGAAUGUUUUAUCUACAAAUGUGCGUGUUAGCAUUUUGGUUGUACAUAUUUAAUGGAAAGAUUUUUAAAAAGCAAACCAUUUUAUACUAUUGUGUACAACAAUUUGACUUCUGCCUUGGUAAUUUGACCUGUUUCUAAAGGGUUUUCCAAUUUUGGUAGACCUCUGUCUCUGCUUCUUUUUAAAAUUACUUCUUUAUCUGAUUUGGUCUGUGGCUAAAAACAAAGAUUUGGCACAUGGAAGUGAUGGGAGGACCAUGGAGUUUCAGAACCAUGAAAGGCUGGCUGCUAGUUCUUCUUACUGUUUCCCUGUGGUCUUGGCAUUUUGAUCCUUGGUCAGCAACGGAGCACCUGCUUUGCAUGCAGGAAGUCCCAGGUUCAAUUUCCGGCAUCUCCAGGUAGGACUGGGGGAGAUCUAUGUAUGAAACCAUGAAGAGCUGCUUCCAGUCAUUGUAGACAAUACUCAGCUAGAUGGUCCUUGGUCUGACCUAGCAUAAGGCAUAUUCCCGACUUUAAAGAUUUAGAACAAGGUUGGCUAACCUGUAGCCCUCCACAUGCUGCUGGACUACACCUUCCAUAAUCCCUGACCUUUGGCCAUGCUGGCAGGGGUGGGGGGUUGGGAGUCCAGCAACCCUUGACUCCUCACCCUUGACCUCAAAAGUAGGGAGGGUGGACCUCAAUAGUAAAGCUAAUUGUAUGUUAGAACUGUUCUAGACAUUGAAUGCUGAUUAUGGGUCAUGUCUUUUAAUGUUUCCCCAUAUUAUUAUUAUUUUAAAAACUCACUGCAUGUAGAAAAUUAGUAUAUCAGGGAGAAAGGUUGAGCAUAGCCUUUUAUGAUGGCUAGUUCACUAUAAAGAAAGCUUUUGAGAUGGGGGACACUGUAAGCGGCGGUAACGCAGCUGAAGCUCUGCUCACGGCCGGAGUUCGAUUCCAACGGAAGGAGGAAGUCGAAUCUCCGGUAAAAGGGGCCGAGGUCCACUCAGCCUUCCAUCCAUCCGUGGUCCGUAAAAUGAGUACCCGGCAUAUGCUGGGGGGUAAAGAAAGGCCGGGGACGGAACUGGCAAUCCCACCCCAUAUAUACGGUCUGCCUAGUAAACGUCGCAAGACGUCACCCUAAGAGUCGGAAACGACUCGCACUAUAAGUGCGGGGACACCUUUGCCUUUAUCCCUCCCCAGCUGUAGGCUAAAGUGGUCCAGCUUAGACUUGUACCAGCUUGUUUUGCCACCUUAUUCUCUGUAAUGUGUCAGAUGGCUCUUGGAAAAGAAAGGAAAGGCCAGCCCAGCCGAGUCCCUGGCCACAACCCAGUGCAUUGUCCAUUAUAGCUCCUUCAGCAAUACUGUUGUGUCCUUAAGAAUAGCACUGUUGUGUCAAGGAAAGUGUUCGAUAGUCCAGCUAGCUAGUAGACAAAAGGUCUAUACAAUAGAAGCUUGCAAAUUUGGCUGGGAUCCAGAGAGGUGAAAGGUACCCAUUGGAGGGUGAUGUGUACAAAGAUGGUGCCUUGCCUUCUUAUUUUUAACAGAGCUGUCCCCCACUGCUGAAGAGGCAAGCCACUGUCUAUGUUAAACAGCUCUCAGUUGGAACUGCUGCAUGAUGAACAAUGAACAAAGGCUGAUUGUUUGCAGAGUUUUCCGCUGUGCAUGCCUGUAACUUCUGUUGACCCUGAUCUGGCUCUUUUCUCCCCACCACCAUACCUGACAAGAGGUCCAGGAGCUUCAUGUGAGAUUCCAGUAAUACUUGAUGUGCGAUUGGUUUAGAGAGGACUUCUUUCCAGGGUUUGUAAUCUUGGAGAGUUCCAUUAAGAACUGGAAUAGGCUAAAUGCCCUCUUUGAGUGCCACCCCUAAAGCCAUUGGGUCCAAGCUGAGGAAUACUGGUCCCCACAAAUCCUGUUGUAAUGUACAAAGGUUGCAAUGAAGCAACAAGUUCAUGGUAAGUGGAGAUGGCAAUGGUACUGUAAUUGCAAGAACAGGCACAAUAACUUCAUGUGCCUGUUAUGUGCUCUAACCCAUGCUGACUUCAGGUCUAGUUUGAUUUAAGGCUGUUGGGGGCAGUUUUGUUCUUGGAAUCCUUAUAAUCCACUAGCAUGUGUUAAAAUUGCAGAACCAGGGCAGAUCCACACCAUAUAUUUAAAGCACACACAACACACAUUUAAAGCACAUGACUUCCUCCAAAUAAUCAUGGGAACUGUAGUUUGUUAAGGUUGCUGGGAAUUUGUAGCUCUGUGAAGAGAAAACCACAGUUCCCAGGAUUCUCAGGAUCUCCUGCCAGUUCUGACAUAGCUAAACUGUGUUAAGUGAUCUUGCGAAUGCACUCUUGCUUAAGAAUUUAAGUGCUUUGCUGAGAUCAUAUUGCAAUACAGCACAUUUAUAAAAAUGCCAGCAAUCACAAGGCAAUCGAUGAUUCAGUUCUUCCUUCUAGGAAAAAGUGGGCAGUUUUUGCAAUGGAAGGAAGGAAGAUGUCGAGUCUCCCCAUGCUCUGCAUUGGGACCGGUUCCUUUUAAAAACUUAUUCAGAAGUGAUCUGGAGUUAGGGGGCAAACAGUGAAUUUGCUCAUCAUCCCAUUUUGCCACAGCCAUUACAGUUUUCACCAACAAUGGAUAAUCCAGGUCAGAUUACCAGGUGCUCCGCCAACACUGCAUAUGAAUGUCUUUUUUUAAUAUGUGUGCAUAUAAGAAGUCCGACAUUUAUCUAUUUUUGUAUGGGUGUGUUUCUUUUUGCAUUUUGUAUACAUUCAUGGGGAAAUCUUAUGGGUUAUUCUUUUAAUGUAUAUUUUAAAGAAAACGUGCAGUUUACAGUUUUGAAGGGGGGAAGAGCAAAGGCUGCUGCUUACACGUGCAAUGGAAAAGGGGGGAUGUAACGUGUUACUUAAUGGUGUCAUGGAGGUCACUGGUGGACUCUGAACUGACAGCUGACUUGGAAGAUUUCAAGUCCCCCUACCCUUUUCAUUCACACCCCCUUGUUCUUGGCAUAACUGUUUGUAACCCUUGUCAAGUGCUGUUUGAGGUGUUCUGUGUUGGGGGGAAUCUUGAUUUUUUCCUUUUGAUUUGUGAACUGUGUCCUUGUAGGUUUUGUUGAGGAAUAUCUGAUAAAACGUAGAACAGAUGUGUCUUCCUUCCCCAAAGGGUAAGAGGGCUCGUACUAACUACAGGAAGAAAAAGCCAAAUGCAUUCCAAUAGUUUGACUUUUUUUGGACAUGUAAGUGAGGAGGUAACUGCAAAGUCCCAGCAUGAACUUGUAUCUGCUGUUACUGCUUCUGGCUACCCUUCUCUGCCUUUAUUGCACCACCUAAAGCAGAGGUGGAGAAUAUUUGGCCCUCUAGAUGUUACUGAACCAUGCCACUGGCCAUGCUUACUGGGGGUGAUGGGAGUUGUAGUUCAGUAACAUCUGGAGGGUCAAAGGUUUUCCACCUAAAGUUAGCACAGGAGGUGGCUAGAGCUCAGGCUUGUGGGAUUUACUUGGUUUUUUUUACUAGAAUUGUGAGAUCCACCAAAUGGAACCCAGGUGCCAAAGACAUACACUGAGCCUGGGAAUUUUGUUUUGAGGUCCAGAGCUGAAUAGAGCUCACAGUCCUUCCUUCCAUACAAAAAAUGUACCCCUGGUUACUCAAGUUUUCUUACAUUUCAUCAAUAUCGCUUAGGAUGGGGAGAAGAGCCAUUUUGUUGCUGCUGUUCUUAAGCAAUUGGGAGUCGACAGUCCUUGCUGGCCUACUGCAGACAACCCAGAGAUCUCCCAAUACAGCCAGAUCUGCCUUCUGCCCACCCCAGGCAUGCAAGUGUGCAAUAUAGGGUGGCUCAAUAUUCUGAGGAUGGCAGAACAUAUUUAAUAGCACCUUUACUGCCCUGAGAGAACACUACUGAGUCCUGCCAAGCAAUUCUGAUAAGCUGGUCCUGUUGGUUUUCAGCAAGAACUGGGGAAAACCUGACAUGGAUUGUUUUACAGCUGUGGUGGAUUCAUCUCCAUGACGAAGAUGGCUUUUGUAAUGCUUGUGCAACAAGUAACACAUAUCCCUUUUUUGUAAAGUGAAGGAUAUAAUUCCAUAAAAACAAACAUAUCUACCUAUAAAGGGAAGAGUGAGAUUGAGAGUUGUUACACUUGCUGAUGCAGCAUGCUGAUGAAGCUAUCUGUACCUCCAGCUGUGAAGUCAUACAUCCGUCUUCACCUAUCCAGUUCUUUUGUUUCUCAGAUGCUUGGAUAGUCCUGCACCCACUGAAGAUGGGUGGAAUAAAAGUGGGGUUCUAACUGCUUGGCCUUGCCUAUUCCUGUCUUUGUGCACCUAUUAAUAUUUACAGGGACAUUUUUGAAGACAGCGAUGCCUCGCCAUUUUGCAGAGCAUUUUCUAAGUAUAUGAUUUUCAUUGUAUGUUUUCAUAUAGAACCCUCGCUGGGGUGUUUGUUCUCUCUCCCAGGGUUCCCAAGACACGUCUCAUAAAUUUCAAGUUUCCCUGCUUCAGUUUAUCAAAAGUGAAAUUGAUGCACAUUCACAACAAUCUAUGAAAGUGGCAGGGAUUGGAAACAAUUGUAUUGAAAAAUGCUGUCUCUCUAAGCUGUUUGUCUACCCCAAAGAGAUUUGAAAAAAGGAUAUUGGCACAUGUUCUGCAAAGCCAUGAAGAUAAGCUCCCUGUUUCAGAGGCAAAAAAUAACUCGAUAGCUUACUUGCAGAGUGCGUAGAAGAUGCUCCUUUGGUUAUUUUUUGAGAUAAAAUUUUUAAGAGCUGGUUUGCCAUAGUGAAUGGGGAACUCCAUGGUUCAUAUCUCCUCUCUGCAACCAACUCAGUAGGUGGCUAAAGCUUAAGUUACUGUUUCAGCUGGUUCCUCAUCUGUGAUAGGGCGAGAAGAAUUCUAUCUUCCAGGGUUAUUAUACACAAUCAUUGUGUAUAACAGAGAGCAGUUUUUCUUCCCAUCACAGCACUGGUCUAGGAGAAGAGAAGCCAGUACUGUCAUGAGGAGGAAAGCUGUCACUUAACCUCGUUAAAUCUGUUUUUCCUGUUUCCUGAGUGUAAGACUUAACUGUGAUGCUGUGCCAGAGGAAGAUGAGGCACCUUUGCUAGGUAAACAGAGGGCAAGAGGAAGAGGCGCCUGAUAUUUGCAGAGGGCUGGUGAGCCACUGGGAGAGGCUUCAUGGACAUGAAUGUUUCACACUCCUGUUGUAAAGGUUACUGACAUAAUGCAUGUGAGAUGCUUUGAAUACUGCAGCACUACAGUCGCAUAGUAAGUGUUCUUCCUAAGCCUUGCUAGGCUUAAACAUUCCUUCAUAGUACUAGUUGGGCUUGGUUUGGCUAAUGGCAAAUGUAGCUGUUUUGGUACAGGGUGUACAUGUAAAGGCUGGAGAGGGAAGUGAUUUCAUGCACCUUAGUCCAGAGAAGAAGAUGUACACACUGAUCUCCUCCAAAUCAGGAACCGCAGAUGGAAAGCAAAUGUAGAUGUUCACCUGCACUUCUUUGCUUUCAGUAAGAUGUCCACAUUCUGGUGCAACUGCUACACAUGAUGAGCUGGAGUGGGGCAAUUCUUUAGAGAAGGGAGGGGAAAUCUGUGGCCCUCUCCAUGUUUUUGGUUUUCAGCUCCCAUCAGCCCUGCCAGCAUGGCCAGUGGUGAGGGAUGAUGGGAGAUGAAGUCCUGCAAUAUCUGGAGGGUCACAGGUUCCCACCCCGAUACAGAUAUAAACCCUUUACCAAAGCAUCUUCCACUAUUCAAAGUGAAUUUGAAUACCCAGGAAGCAUAGGUCCAAGCAACAAUCUCCAAGUCAUUUUACUUAUUGCCCUGGAACUUUGAAACCAUUCUUGCAGAAGGGGCAGUAUGAUUUUUCACUAGUAAGUGGUUUCAGGCUUUCUGCCUCUGUCUUGCACACUGCCAGAUACUCAGUUCUGUUCUGCAGUUUGAUUUAAACAAACUGGAUUAGUUCUCACUCCACAAUCCCAGUGGCUCCCUCUCCCCUCUACUAGUUUGUUUUUGCUCAAGUUUCAUUAAUGGUUGGUUUAUUUUCAUUUAAAAGUUUUUAAUGUAUUUUUCUGUGUUUUACAAUGAAUGUCCUCCUUGCUGAAGUCUAAUGAAUA